AUGUUUAAAGACUGUUGGGGUCUAGCAAAUGGCUUGAGAGUUCCUAUCUGGAAGGCACUGUACCAAGAAGGACAAAAAAUCAGCGAUGCUUUCCUCAAGACGUUCGAGAAUCUGGGACGUUUGGGAUUUAGAAUUAGAGGGGCACAGCAUAGAAAUGUUCGAGUCAAGGGGACCAUUGUGUGGAUUAAGAGGCUGGAGGGUGAAAUACAGGGUGUGGAGGGGUAUUUCCCCUGGCGUGCAUCGCUGGAUAGUCUUUCGGAUGAGAUUGUAAAACCGAAAUAUCUUUUUGGAGGUCAAAUGAGUAUUGCGAGUGUGUUGGAAGAUGGUCCAGAAUGCGUGGAGAUUAUAAGACUAGAAAAGUUUUUGAGAUCAAGGAAAAAACUGACGCGGCGCGAAAAUUUCUGGAAGAAAGGGGGUUUAUGA